AUGGGGAGAGUGACAGGCAGACCAUUCUGCACGGCAAGCAUCAAAGGAAAAUCUAUCGAACCCUACCCGUUCAGUUUCAAGGACGAGGAUGUGAUAAUCAUCGAAUACUCGGUCUCUCCCACAGGCAAGUGGACCAUGGUGCCAGAAAUUGGAAAUGUUGUUGGAGGAUUGAAGAAGAACUUCAUACGGCGCCUCGACGAAAGCCGUCCCGCCGACAACAAGGAAGAGAGGGUCGAGAUCCUGAAGGAGGAGCCGCUGAAGCCGCCGGCUCGGGAUCCGAGGAGGAAGUCGUCGCUGUUCGGGAGGCUCAGGAAGUCCAUGAGGAGGAAGAAUUGGAAGCCGGCACGGAAGGUCCUCGACAGCCACGACCUCUCGCCGCCAGAGCAGCACGCUAGUAGUUCGUCUUUGGAGGCAGGGGAGGACACUGGUGUUUUCACUUACCUUGAUCAUGGUGCCAUCGAUGGGAAGGGGAAAACUUUGGGCUGGAAGCCCAAGAUCCCGGAAAGCCUGAGCACUUAUCGGAUGAAACCGGAAGGAGUCCGGGGACGAGCCAUCAUAUUCAACCACAAAGUCUUCGACAGCAAACUGAGACUCCUUCCACGGGAAGGAACGGAAGUGGACGUUAAGAACCUGAGCCGGGUGCUGAGCGCGAGGGGGCUGCACGUCCAAGUGCACCACGAUCUCACCUACAGGAAGCUCAUUCGGGAAUUGAAGGACAUUGCUACCGAGGAAAAAGCGUUGGCGAGCCACGACUGCUUCGUCGUCUGCUUCCUGUCGCACGGGAAGGAGGGACGACUCUAUGCCAGGGACCGGGACUUCGACGAGUUGGAACUCUGGAGGGAAUUCUACGGGGAUCGGUGCGAGGCUCUCAUCGGGAAGCCGAAGAUGUUUUUCGUUCAGGCGUGCAGGGGACGCACUCCGGACUCAGGAGUGAAAGGAAAGCACGCGAGGCGCGGGUGGUAUCCUCACCACGACACCACCGACGGCGAAGGCGGCGGUCACCGCGGCGAACACGGCGACUAUCAUCUUCCCACCCACGCCGACCUGCUCAUCGCUCAAGCCUCCUACGAAGGUCAAGUGGCAUGGAAAAACGAGGACUUGGGCUCCUAUUUUAUCUAUACCCUGUGCGAGGUGAUGGAGCAGCACUCCGAGACUCUGGACGUGCUGAAGAUGCUGACCAUGGUCUCUGAGAUCAUCGCCCUGCAAUUCAAGUCCAGCCACGACGAACCAGAGUACCACGACAAGAAGCAAAUCCCUACCAUCCGAAGCACGCUCAUCAGCGAAGUAUAUCUCAAACCGAUUCCUAGACAUUAGGAUGGCGCGUAUGACAUUCCUGUCCCUCCCGAUGUGUUCAUUGCUAUGAAAUUUGAGAAUUUCACUUUUGUUUGAGUUCCGCGAUGACGAUGGAAAGGCACAUGCUACGAAAGGUGCACUUCGUCCAGAUCGUUACCGAUAGUUAGAGCACUAGACCGUCCUUAAUGAAGACUUUGUGCAAAGAAUUAGCUCUGAUGGAGUAGGAGCCUUCACGUGUCAACUAUCCGCAGCUGUGUAAUCCUACGUUCUUGCUUGGACCUAUUUUCUCGUCCACCGUUUGUCCUAACUUGUAUGGAGAUGCUUAAUUAAGAUUUGGAAAUACGAUGCAUGAGGUGGACAGAGAGAAUAUUAUGAUUUCUUUUUUUUCCUUGUCAUUUCUCUUUGUGUGCGAUCGAGCGGCACUUCGAAGUCAGAGCAUUAUCGAAUAGUACGGAGUAGAAAUAACUUUUCACCUUCCAGUGUGGAUGGGUUUCAUGAAAUCCAGUUCGAGACCGAAUUUUUUGCGGAAAGCCUCAAAAGACCCCAUAUCUCUAAAGGAAAUCUCUGAGGGAUUUGCAAUCCCGUCGCAGUUCUCCUUCCAAGCCUGUGUCUCACAUUCAAUUGUGAGAUCCUCGGCCCCCCCCCCCCAAAAAAAAAAAAAAA